AUGUCUUCUCCGUCCAAACUCGCCAAGUACGGUCUCGAUCUUUCCGAAUCCGAAUCGGAAGAAGACAUGCCUCUGCCGGUCCGACCCGUCCAUCCCAAUGCUCCGUCGAAGAAUGCCCAAAUGAUGCGCGCAAUGUGGGAGGCCCACAAGUCCGAAAAGUCCGAUGAAUCUGAUGAGGAGGAGGAAUCCGAUUCGGAGGAAUCCGAUUCGGAUGAAUCCGAUGAGGAGGAUAAGGAGAACCGGGAGCCGUCGCCAGUUCCACCACCGCCUCCAGCAAGUGCACAACUUCCGUCCGUUCCGAAGCUGCCUAAAACUCCGAUUGCUCCGCCGGCAGUUCCACGUCAACCGUCUCCAGUUCCUCCGGCUCAACUGGUCCCUGCUCCUGCUCCGAAGCCAAGUGAUCCUGCCAUCAAAAAGUCCACAACUUCAGCGGCUCCUGCUCCGAAACCAAGUGCUCCUGCCAUCAAAAAAAGUCCACAACUUCAGCGGCUCCUGCUCCGAAACCAAGUGCUCCUGCCAUCAAAAAAAGUCCACAACUUCAGCGGCUCCUGCUCCGAAACCAAGUGCUCCUGCCAUCAAAAAAAGUCCACAACUUCAGCGGCUCCUGCUCCGAAACCAAGUGCUCCUGCCAUCAAAAAAAGUCCACAACUUCAGCGGCUCCUGCUCCGAAACCAAGUGCUCCUGCCAUCAAAAAAAGUCCACAACUUCAGCGGCUCCUGCUCCGAAACCAAGUGCUCCUGCCAUCAAAAAAGUCCACAACCUCUGCUGCUGCUGCUCCGAAACCAAGUGCUCCUGCCAUCAAAAAGUCCACAACUUCAGCGGCUCCUGCUCCGAAACCAAGUGCUCCUGCCAUCAAAAAGUCCACAACCUCUGCUGCUGCUGCUCCGAAAACGACGAGGAAACCCCGUGCUCCAGUUCCCGCCAAGGCUCCAGCUACGAAGAAACCCCGUGCUCCACGUCAACCGUCCUCUGCUCCAACCACGAAGAAACCCCGUGCUCCACGUCAACCGUCCUCUGCUCCAACCACGAACAAACCUCGUCGCAAGAACCAACGGGACCAGCCGGUGAGCCAGCCGGCACCGUUCGCCUUCGACCCGAGAAUGGCGGCGGUGGCAAUCAAUCGGAAUGUGCACAGACGUCCGGAAGCCACCCUCAAACGGCCCGCCGCCGAGGCAAUCGCCGCACUCGCAAAACGACACAAACUAUAA